AUGCUGGACCUGCUGUCGCCUCUGCGUGGCUACAUCGCGCAGAGUCUCCAGUUCUACUUGAGCAAGUACAUUGAGGACAUCCAGCUGGAGCGACUGGGGCUUUUUGGCGGCGACCUCGUGCUCAACGACCUCAAAAUCAAGCGCCACGUGCUGCGCGAGAGUCUCGACAUUCCCUCGAGCUUCGACUUCUCGCGUGGCUUCAUCCGAGAGCUGCGGAUCCACAUUCCCUGGACACAGCUGCUGUCUCAUCCUAUUGAGGUGAAGCUCUACACGAUUGAGCUCAUCCUGACGGCCAAGAACGAACAGCCAGAGCAGCGAGCAGCGAGAGGAUCGACGGUGAGCACAGCAGGAGCAGCAGCGGUCGGGAAAAAGGAACAAGAAGAAGAGGAGGAGGAAGAGCGGUCAAAGAUGGAGCAUCCUAAGUCUGGAUGGAUUCACGACACUUUGCAGACGAUAUUGUCCAAUAUUAGCGUCCAGGUGAACAACCUCGUGCUCAAGUACGAGCAUGAUGACAUUGUGUUCUCCAUUGCGCUGGGGACUUUGGACUUUUAUUCUGCAAGUGAGAGUAGCGGGUGGAAACGAUGCUUUGACCAGCUUAAGGGAGAAAAACGCGUGAUCCGUAAAAGUGUUGACGCCAAAGAUGUUACCAUUUUUCUUGAUCGGUACAUGAGUACCAAACAUAGCACGGCGGGAGACCCCGUGCGGCGGAAUGUGAUUGGUUACGAGGUGCCGGUGCUAAGCCGGACGUCGGCUUCGGUCCGAGCCAAGUUGCAGCUCUUCUCUACCAUCGCGAGCGGCGGCCAGAAUGAUCGCAGCAAUAGUCCUAUUUUUCAAGGUCCCCUGUGCACCAACAACGAAGUACGGCGAAUCAUAAUGUCGCUGAAAGCAGCAUGUUUGAUGAAGGCGGAUUGUGUGCAUAUAGACCGUCUGAGCUGUGCGACCCGUUCUACCCUUACUCGUGCCGUCGCUCACGCUUGA